GGUUGAUUAGCAAUGAUGCGAGCAGUGCUGUUGUAUCUAGUGUCUUGGACACUGCUUUGUGAAGCUGCUCCAGCCGUAGAGAAUUCAGAUUCUCAAUUGAAGGUAGUUCAAGAGACCAACAACUACAAGACGGAUGAGUUUAACUGGGAAUAUGAGCUCAGCGAUGGUCGACAGGUGCGUCAAAAUGCUUACGUGAAGAAACUGGAAAAUGGAAGCGAAGUGCUGGUGAUCAAUGGAUUUUAUAGCUACAUUGGACCCGAUGGUGUUAAGUAUACUGUUAGUUAUUAUGCCGAUGAGACUGGAUACCAUCCUGACGUCAUUGUUGGAGAAAUAACCCCUCCCCCUCCCCUCGCGAUUGAUCCAAAAGUGCUUAUUUCCUUGGUAGGAUAAGUCAUUUUCAGAAAUCCGACUUGGAACUUAGACUAGACACAAAUCAAAUCGGUUCAAUUAAGUUUCCGCCAUGUUUCGUGAGAAAUAAAUGCA